GGGCGCGGGCGCGCGGCGGGGCCGGGGGCUUGCAGCCGGCUCGGAGAGCUGCGGACGAGGACCUGCCCGGCUCGCUGUUCCAUGCCCUGCCUCGCCCAGCAGCCCGGCCCGCCAGGAGGGAUGCGCUGUGCCGCGCAGCACCCCUCCGCCCUGCCCAUGCCUGAAGCAGAAAGUUUGGGGGUCGGGGGCUAUCUUGCCCCUCCCCCUCCAAUGACUGCCCAAGGACUCCUGCUGCCCAGCCUCGACUGUGACCUGCCUGCUACUCCUCGGGUCGUAGUGAACUAUUCCAAGCUGUAACCAAGGCUCCCCUUCCUCGCCCCUCCCACAUCUUUUUUGAUAUAUAUUUUUUUAAUUUAAGAAAUUACACUCCCAUCCACUCCCUUGCUAAAUAAUUAAACCCCCGGCCUCAUUUCUGAGUGUAAGGGGGGUACGGUCCUUCCCCAAGCCGGCGCGCUGGAAGGACAGAUUCCCCUUGCCGACCCACAUACACCAUGAAGAGGUGCAAAUCCGACGAGCUUCAGCAACAACAGUGCGAGGAGGAUGGAGCUGGGCUGGAAGAUGCUGCUUGCCACCUGCCGGGCGCGGACCUCCGGCCUGGGGAGGGCACAGGUGCUAACUCUGCUGGCGGGCCAACUUCGGAUGUGGGUGCUGCGGUGGCGCCCAACCCGGGUCCCCGAAGCAAGCCUCCUGAUUUAAAGAAAAUCCAGCAGCUCUCAGAGGGCUCCAUGUUUGGCCACGGCCUGAAGCACCUGUUCCACAGCCGCCGCAGGUCCCGGGAGAGGGAGCACCAGGCGUCUCAGGAUUCCCAGCAGCAGCAGCAGCAGGGCAUGUCCGACCAUGACUCUCCGGACGAGAAAGAGCGCUCCCCGGAGAUGCACCGUGUGUCCUACGCCAUGUCCCUGCACGACCUGCCCGCACGGCCCACAGCCUUCAACCGCGUGCUGCAGCAGAUCCGCUCCCGGCCCUCCAUCAAGAGGGGCGCCAGCCUGCACAGCAGCGGCGGGGGAGGCAGCAGCGGGGGCAGCAGCAGGCGCACCAAGAGCGGCUCCCUGGAGCCCCAGCGCGGCAGCCCCCACCUGCUGCGCAAGGCCCCCCAGGACAGCAGCCUGGCCGCCAUCCUGCACCAGCACCAGUGCCGCCCCCGCUCCUCCUCCACCACGGACACGGCCCUGCUGCUGGCCGACGGCAGCAGUGUGUACCUCUUGGCCGAGGAGGCCGAGGGCCUCGGGGACAAGGUCGACAAGGGAGACCUCGUGGCCCUCAGCCUCCCCGGUGGCCCAGGCCACGGGGACACUGAUGGCCCCAUCAGCCUGGACGUGCCAGACGGGGCUCCGGACCCACAGCGGACCAAGGCAGCCAUCGACCACCUGCGCCAGAAGGUCCUGAAGGUCACAGAGCAGAUCAAGAUCGAGCAGGAGGCGCGGGAUGACAACGUGGCCGAGUACCUGAAGCUAGCCAACAAUGCUGACAAGCAGCAAGUGUCACGCAUCAAGCAGGUGUUCGAGAAGAAAAACCAGAAAUCGGCCCAGACCAUCGCCCAGUUGCACAAGAAGCUGGAGCACUACCGCCGGCGCCUGAAGGAAAUCGAACAGAACGGGCCCUCCCGGCAGCCCAAGGACGUGCUGCGGGACAUGCAGCAGGGGCUCAAGGACGUGGGUGCCAACAUGCGGGCUGGCAUCAGUGGCUUUGGGGGCGGCGUGGUGGAGGGUGUGAAGGGCAGCCUCUCAGGCCUCUCGCAGGCCACUCACACCGCCGUGGUUUCCAAGCCCCGGGAGUUUGCCAGCCUCAUCCGCAACAAGUUCGGCAGCGCUGACAACAUUGCCCACCUGAAGGACCCUCUGGAGGACGGGCCCCCCGAGGAGGCGGCCCGGGCGCUGAGUGGCAGCGCCACGCUGGUGUCCAGCCCCAAGUAUGGCAGCGAUGAUGAGUGCUCCAGUGCCAGCGCCAGCUCGGCCGGGGCGGGCAGCAACUCCGGGGCUGGGCCCGGUGGGGCGUUGGGGAGCCCCAAGUCCAACAUGCUGUACGGCGCCCCUGGAAACCUGGACGCUCUGCUGGAGGAGCUGCGGGAGAUCAAGGACGGACAGUCACACCUGGAGGACUCCAUGGAGGACCUGAAGGCUCAGUUGCAGCGGGACUACACCUGCAUGACCCAGUGCCUGCAGGAGGAGCGCUACAGGUACGAGCGGCUGGAGGAGCAGCUCAACGACCUGACAGAACUUCACCAGAAUGAGAUGACCAACCUGAAGCAGGAGCUGGCCAGCAUGGAGGAGAAGGUGGCCUACCAGUCCUACGAGAGAGCUCGAGACAUCCAGGAGGCCGUGGAGUCCUGCUUGACCCGGGUCACCAAGCUGGAGCUGCAGCAGCAACAGCAGCAGGUGGUGCAGCUGGAGGGCGUGGAGAAUGCCAACGCGCGGGCGCUGCUGGGCAAGUUCAUCAAUGUGAUCCUGGCACUCAUGGCCGUGCUGCUGGUGUUUGUGUCCACCAUCGCCAACUUCAUCACGCCCCUCAUGAAGACGCGCCUGCGCAUCACCAGCACCGCCCUCCUGGUCCUCGUCCUCUUCCUCCUCUGGAAGCACUGGGACUCCCUCACCUACCUCCUGGAGCACGUGCUGCUGCCCAGCUGAGGGGCCGCCCAUCCACCCCCUGUCAUCUUGGCCCCUGCUGGCUGUGCCUCUCCGGGAGGGACCCCGAGACUCCUGUGUCCUUGGACUUGUUUGUGUGUCCAAUUCGGCCUUGUACCCAAACUCUCCAUUCCAGCAGCUCCUGCACCUCCUCUGUUCUUGCUUCUGUCUGACACCUCUUCCCUGUUGGGAGCCUCGCAUGCAGCCCUGGCCCGAGAUGGUGGUACCGUGUGUGGCCAAAGGGAGCAGAGGGGGACACAGGGACUGGAUUGUGUUGAUUACUUACAGCUACACGU